CUCAAAAGAUAAAGAGUUCUGUGUUGUGAUUUUGAAUAUGAAGCUCCAAGUGGAAAUAUUGACAGGAAAGUUUUUCUACAUUGAAGUGGGUGAUGAUGGCAAGGUUGCAGAUCUUAAGAGGGUGAUUGGGGACCAGGAAAAUCUCCCAGAUGAUAGACUCAUUGUCAUCCUCUACAACAAUGAGGACAACCAGGGCGUCUUGAUGAAAGAAGAUGACACUUCUCUGGUUGAUUAUGGGGUCCAAGAUGGGUCCCUUCUCUACCUCUUUUUCAGUCUCCCACCCCCUGAUGAUGGCUCCAUCCAAAAUCUUGACCUCGCUUUUCUUGAUUCACCCUUGGGGUUUCCAAUUGAAACAGACAAAACUGAUGCCAAAUGAAAAGAAAAGAAAAUAGA